AUGACUUCUCCGAUCGCAGAUUUUAACAGGAAGAGAGAUGAGGAUUCAGUCGAAGAGCUUUCUCCAUUUUGGGGAAUAGAAAAAGGCAUAGUACUGCAAGAAGCUCGUUGUUUCAACGAUCCACAGUUGGAUGCACGUAAAUGCCAACAGGUGAUCACAAAGCUUCUAUACCUGCAUGUUCAAGGGGAGUUUUUCACAAAAACAGAGAUAACAGAGAUCUUCUUUUCAGUAACAAAGUUGUUUCAGUCGAAAAAUAACAAUCUCAGAAGGAUGCUCUAUCUCAUCAUAAAGGAGAUUUGUCCAACCUCUGACGAAGUUAUUAUCGUUACUUCAUCGUUGAUGAAAGAUAUGAACAGUAAAGUUGAUCUAUACCGAGCCAACGCGAUUCGUGUUCUUUGUUGCAUAGCGGACUCAGCAAUACUAGGCCAGAUCGAGCGUUACCUGAAACAAGCGAUAGUUGACCGGAGUGAUGCCGUGUCUUCUGCUGCCUUGAUAUCAGCAACGCAUUUGUCACUUGCAGAUGUUGAUAUCGUGCGCCGAUGGAGCAGCGAAAUCCAAGAGGCAGUCAAUUCGUCUUCUCCUGAGGUACAGUUUCAUGCCUUGGGGCUUCUGUACGAGAUUCGUAAAUUCGAUAGACUCUCAAUCAACAAGCUAGUCGCGCAAUUGACCCGAACACAACUUAGAUCCCCGUUAGCACAGUGUUUGCUUAUCAGGUAUGUUUCAGAAGUGAUUAAAGACAGUGCGGAAGAUACUGUGGCUCCACUGCACACGUUUCUACAGAGCUGCAUGAGGCAUAAAUCAGAAAUUGUCGUCUUUGAAAGCAUACGUGCAAUCACGUCUCAACAUGACUUGGAAGCGCACCAAUUGGUGUCGGUUGUGAACGUUCUCCAGCUCCUGCUAUCGUCACCGAAACCAAGUUCACGCUUUGCCGCGAUGAGAGUUAUCAAUAAAUUGGCUUUUCUAUUCCCAGAUCUGAUAUCAAACUGCAACGCUGAUAUCGAAAAUCUCAUAUCUGACGAGAACAAGUCAAUAGCUACUCUGGCCAUAACCACAUUGUUGAAGACAGGCGGCGAUGCUGCGGUUGAACGUCUGUUAGCUCGCAUUCAUUCGUUUAUGUCAGAGAUUCAAGACGAGUUCAAGAUAAUGAUAAUAGAGGCAGUGCGAAUAACGUGUAUACGAUGUGCCCAUAAGUAUCGCAUUUUGCUAUCAUUCUUGUCCACGUAUUUGCGCGAAGAAGGAGGGUUCGAGUACAAACAAUCAAUCGUGCGAUCUAUUGUGCAACUAUUUAACGCAAUACCAGAGGCAAAGGAACUUUCACUUUCUUAUCUAUCAGAGUUCAUUGAAGACUGUGAAUACACGCAGCUUUCAUGCGAAGUGCUGUAUUUACUCGGAAAAGAGACACCAUACACGACUGAUCCUGGAAAGUAUCUGAGAUACAUCUACAAUAGGGUGAUUCUUGAGAAUCCUUCCAUUCGAGCGGCCUCUAUUUCGGCAAUGGCGAGCAUCGCUGUGCAUUGCGAGAUGUUAAAGGGACGUGUCUUAGUACUUUUGCGCCGCUGUCUUUUCGAUAGUGAUGAUGAAGUUCGAGAUCGAGCGUGCGCAUCAAUUGCACUCCUUGAGAAGGCAUCUGCUCAGAAAGCUGGAUCCCUUACAACACACACAACUGAAGCUUUCGAAAAUGUGUUACUCAAAUACUGCCAGUCAAACUCAGAUGAACCUAUUGAUCUGCAGACUAUCGUCACUUCAAGUUCGGCAAACAGUGAGUCUACUAAUAGCGCUUCGGUUCUCGAACAAGAACACGUGAUUUCUGACAUCUCAUACUCAAAUAUAGCUUCAGUGCCAUAUUUUGCAACGUGUGGCGACGUUUUCAAGAGCUCUAUGAAAAUUGAUCUGACAGAAGACGAAACUGAAUACAAAAUAUCGUGUGUCAAGCACAUCUUUGAUAGUCAUAUCGUCUUCGAAUUCAUUUGCAGCAACACUAUCAAAGAGCAAGCAUUGACAAAUGUGACUGUCGCUAUGGAGGCGUUGGGUACAAGUGGGCUCUUAGAGCCGACUGUGCUGCCUCUUAAUGUUAUGCCACUUACGUCGUAUGGGUCAACAUUUGUUGUGUUCGAUCAUGAAGUCGGCACACAGGUAGAAGAAAGAUUCGCUUGUACGUUGAAGUUUGUUUCGAAAGAGAUUGACCCUAUCACUGGGGCACUCGAAGAUGAUGGUUACGAAGAUGAGUACUCAAUAGAAGAUGUUGAGCUUCUUGCUACUGACUUCAUGCGUAGUGCUCGGGUUCAAGAAUUCAGUCAAGUCUGGAGCGAAAGUGAAUCUUACGUCGAGAACACUUUUUCAAAUAUCGUCCUGCCUCAUGAUACGGUUGAAAAAUCUGUGAGUCAUUUUUCUUCACUGCUUGGCUUCAGUCCGUGCAUUGGGAAAACUGUCACGCGUAAUGCAACUUUGCACACCGCGUGUUUUGCCGCAGAAUUGUCAACUGGGGAGCAUGUACUCAUUAAAAUUGCACUAAGUAUGGAAUCGCAGUCGAGCGUGACCGCAACCGUCACCUGCCGAGCUCCUCAAGCGCAGCUUUGUAACCAAGUACUUAGCGUAAUCACUUGUUAG